AUGGAAACUUUAACGAAAAGACGUAGUAUUUUGAAAGGUAAAGUAAUGCGUAUAAAUAAUAUUCUGAAACCGAAAUUUGUGUCUGGGGAAAUAAAAAGAGCGGAAUUAGAUGUUUUUUCGGCUCAAAUGAACGAAAUAUGGGUGGAGCUUAAUGAGAUUCAUACGGAAAUUAUAGUUUCUUGUAAGAAUGAGGAAGAGGCAAGCAAUAUGAAAGAAUUUGAUGAUUUGGCAUCUAAUAUUGAUACGUUGCGAAUUAAUAUUGCUCGGGAAAUGUCCGAAUUGAAAUCAAAAGUAAACAACACUAAUAAUGGCGGCGUUUCUCCGGAUGAAUCGAAACUGAAACUAACUGAAUCUUGUUUAAAAUUGCCCAAAUUCGAGUUACCGAGUUUCUAUGGAGAUUUCAAUAAUUGGAUGUCAUUUAAAGAAUUAUUUUUGAGCUCCAUAGAUAAAAAUCCAGAACUAACAGAACUUCAAAAGUUUCAAUAUUUGUUUGCUAGUUUAAAGGGUACUGCACACAAGCUUAUUUCCGGAUUUUCGCUCACAGAUGAAAAUUAUAAGCAUGCUUGGCAGACUCUUGUUGCGAGAUAUGAUAAUAAACGUGAAUUAGCUUUCGCUCAAAUUUCAAAACUAUUUAAUCUAAAGGCAAUUAAAUCUAAUUCUGCGGCUUCGAUAUUUGAAAUUUUAGAUACAUGUAAUGAAGUUAUUCGAAUUCUUUCAACUUUAAAGUUGGAAGUUAAUCCUAUGGUAGAUGUUAUUUUAAUAUAUUUUAUUUUGGGUAAACUAGAUGAUGCACAAAGCAAAGAUGGGAAUUAUCUUUAA